GCUGCUUGUAAACAGCUGAUCGCUCGAUACCAUGUUUUUUUCCAUUUCUCAUUUUUUAUAAUCCAAUAAAUAUACUUACAUAUAUGUAUAUUCCAUAAUUCUUAUGGAGAAAAAAAAGUGUAGUCCCGGGAUCCCGAUAGGGGCAUCGUGGGAAGCGGGAACGUGUGCGUACAUACAUGAAGCUCAAGUAAUGCGUGCGGUUUAUCGCGCGUCGACAAUUAUUCAUCGUGUUUUCUUUUCGCGAGAGAUUGAUUCGCGUCUCGCCGACAAUACAUAUCCCCUCAAAUCAAAGCUGAAUUUAUAAUUCGAGUUCAGUCGGCAGAAAUCAACAGCAUGGGUCGUCGAUGUACGUCUCGUCAUCGGAACGCGAUACGCAGCGAUCUCGCGUGAGCUAUCUCUUCUGGAUUACUCGCACCCGGAUGACCUGCGCGAACCGCAAUCUUCCCCUCGUACAUUCAUAUGGCUGCGAUCGCGAAAAAUCAUAUUCUGGGCAUGAGCAUUUUGUGGAAUACAUAAAUGACUAAAGUAAUGUGAGAAAAAUGGUAAGCAAUUUACCACAAGAGUUCAGAAAAUAUCAGCGAAAUAGGAAUCAGCUACGUCAUAUAUUUGAGGAAACACAGCGUACAUUGGAACUUAUAAAGCUUGAAAAUUUUUUUCCUGGAGAAAAUAUUAUUGAGGAAUUAUUGCCUCCUUUGAGCUUGGAUAGAGUGACACACAUUCUUGAAAAUUCUCCAGCGAUAGUCAUUUUUGGCCAAGAUAAUAAAGCCAAAGCUUCACUAAUUAAUAAAUUACUUUCAGCUGAUAUUUUACCAUUGUCUAAUGAUUCUUGGAGAUGGAUUAAGAUCACUUAUGGUCAUGCAAAUCAUGUUAGUCUCACUUUAGGUUUGGAAUAUGAAGUAGUUGAGACAUUACAGGCCAAUGAACAAUCAUGGACCACACUUCCCAUCGAAGAUCUAGCAAAAUCAAUAGACGAAGAUGUCAAUUGUCCAACAGUGCUGGAAGUUAAAUUAAAUCAAGCAAUAUUGAAAGAAGGUGUUCAGAUAUUCGUCGUUCCAAAUAAUGGUGUGGUAAAAAUUCUCGCUAAAGGUUUACUCAAGAUUUUACCUAUUUUUCUUUAUGCUCUUGGAGAGCAACCAUUGACUGAAGAAAAUUUGGAAGAAUUGAAAGAUUUGAAAGAGACUUAUCCAUAUAACCCAAUUUUAUUCGUAUCUUCAUUAGCAAAUAUUUCAUUGGAUGGUACAGACGCGGAAUUGACCGAGUCUGAGCAACAUAGUUUACAAAGUCGGACAGAAGUGCCAAGUGUUUCUACAGAAUCCAAAAAUGAUAGUAUUAAUAUUGACAAAAUGAAUUCACUUGGUUUAAGAUGGCUAGAUCAAUUAAGCAAUCUAGGAUUUCUAGGCAUGGAAGAGUCUGUGGAAGUUCACCAGUUAACGUGGCUUGUUGGCGAGCAAUACGUUAAUAACUCGAGCGAUCUAGUGGAUUCAUGCAAAAAGACAGACCGUGUUUUACAUUUUACAUGUGGCUGCUUGCAAAGCUAUCUGAUUAAUGCCAGCACUUAUUUGAAUGAAAUACAUACAACUAGUCUACGUAAAUUUAUUUUAAGUGCAUUUGACAUGGCACGAAAAAUACAAAUCACUCCUAGAAGAAUACAAUACGCCCAACAAAAGGAAAAUGAACUUUAUGCUAAUCUAAUGAAGGUUGUUAAUGAGCAGCAAAUGGAAUUGACCGAGUUAAUACAAUGUAUUAUUCAAGAGAUGAAAGACGAUAUAUCAGGAUCUACCAGUGAUGUUUUCCAAUAUCAAACUGUUCUUUUCGAUAAUAAUGAACAAACAACAGAAUGGACAGUUACUGUUCGCGUCGCGACUUCGGAAGUUCAGCGAUUUGUACUAAGUCGUUUAGGCGAGAAAGUCGCAAAGGAGCUCGUAAACUCAGUUAAUUGUCUUCGUGAGACUUUCAUCGGAACUCUUCAACGUUGCUUGAUGAGUCUCGAAAAAACUUAUGAACACGACAGUGGUCUGUUAGCUAGUGAUGCCUUAAAACAAAUACUUUCUGCAGCAUACAAUGUAGAAUUACACAAUUCGUCACCAUCCUUAGUGCAUUCAUUCUUAGAGAGAUUGAGGCAACUCUUCAAGUCCUUACCGCUACCAUGGACACCCACUCCGACUCUGAACGCGGCUUGGAGAAGGAAGGUUACUAUUGAUAUUUUAAAUUCCUUAUCAGCAGCACGAUUAGCGAGAGCAAUUUCUACACAGUUUAGAGACAAAUUAAAAUCAUCGCAUGAUGCUUUUCAAACUGCUCUAAGAUCUCUGGAGAAUUAUUACUCAGGGAAACUAGAAAGAACCGAGGAGCAGAGGAUAGCUAUACGAAAAUACCACGCGCCCAGACUAGCCAAACUUGCAUUAGAAUCCACAUCAAUGAUGGACGCAAUUCGUUUUGGGAUUCCUCAGUAUAACAAAGAAAUUGGUAGAGGACAGUAUGGUGUAGUAUUUGCUUGCGAAGGUUGGGGAGGAGCACCAGGACCUUGUGCAGUAAAAUCUGUUGUUCCACCAGACGAGAGACAUUGGAACGAUCUUGCGAUGGAAGUUUAUUAUACCAGAUCGAUACCAGAUCACAAAAGGAUAGUGAAGCUUCGUGGAUCGGUUAUAGAUCAAUCAUACGGCGGAGGAUUCGGAUUAGGUGCUGCGGUUCUCUUAGUCACUGAUCGAUUGAGUCGUGAUUUGUAUUGCGGUAUACACGCUGGUCUUUCAUGGUUGGAACGUAUACAAAUAGCAAUAGACGUGUUAGAGGGAAUACGCUAUCUUCAUUCGCAAGGUCUAGUUCAUCGAGACAUCAAACUGAAGAAUGUCUUACUUGAUAUAGAAAAUAGAGCUAAAUUAACGGAUCUCGGAUUUUGUAUUACCGAAGCUAUGAUGUCAGGGAGUAUCGUGGGAACACCUAUUCACAUGGCACCAGAACUUUUGUCUGGUCAUUACGACAGUAGCGUUGAUGUCUACGCUUUUGGCAUCUUAUUUUGGUACAUAUGUGCUGGGAAAGUUCGAUUGCCAUAUGCAUUUGAGCAAUUUCAUAACAAAGAACAAUUAUGGACGAGUGUGCGGAAAGGCCUUAGACCUGAAAGAUUGUCACAUUUUGAUGAGGAAUGUUGGACACUAAUGGAACAAUGCUGGUGUGGAGAACCAUCCAAACGACCAUUGCUUGGUGCUAUUCAACCAGUGUUAGAAUGUAUCCAGCAAAAAGCAGAAAGAGGCAAGUCCUUACAACAACUCGGCACAUUGAAAUUACACGAGAGUUCAUCAUCUGAACGAACAAAUCCUGUGCUAGCAUUAGCAGAGCCUAAUAACCAAAGAGGUGCUGUAUUUACUCAGCUUCUUCCUAGACGCAAGACUUUUAGAACUGUGAAUCCUAUCAUAUUACCUUUUCACAAAACAAAAUUUUUUCAAACGAGUAUCUAUUCUCAUAUGUUUGUUCAAAUGCGAGAAUUUUAGGCAAGAAUCGAACAUAUUCACACUAUAUCAUAUUUUCUGUUAAAUAUAGCCUAUUGAUAUUUAUUACUUGGAAUGCACUUGAUAUGCUUUUUACAUUUUCGUUUUCAUUGAUUCAACAAUAGUAUUUUAAGUACAGUAUUAAAGUGGCGAACUUUGUCUGACAAUUAGUUUUGCUAUGGUUUUUGUACAGGAUACAAUAUAUUUAUUCUCUUUCUUUUUUUAUAAAGUCUCAUUGAUAUAUCCAAAAUAUAACACAAUUUAAAAUAAUCAAGCUGUGCUUGCAAAGUCAUUCCAGAUAGUAUAUCAAAAAUAAAUAUUUUAUGGAUUAUAUUUUAAUAGUUUUACAUUUUAUAGUAAUAGAGAAAAUCUUUGUUCUUUAUGCUACAUAUCUGUAUAUAUAAACGUCUGAUAUAAAUAUUUUUA